AUGAAUCAAAUAAAUGAUUUCGUUAUUAAUCAAACAAAUGAUUUUGUUACUCAUAUUCAAAAUCCGACAAAUUUUCAAAGAAUUUUUCAAGUUAAUAUACAUUCACAUAUUCAAAUUUCACGUCGUACAAAUACGAGAAAACGCAUUACGGCUUACGAUAUAUUUAAAAAAAGAAUCUCCGAAGAAGGUUUUUUAAUAAAUGUAACCAAUAGCAAAGUUAUUGGGCUAUCGGCAAAUAGAAUAUGGAUAAAUUUAACUUCCGCCGAAAAAAAUUUAUUUCGUAAUUUUGCAAUACAAAUUCAUGAUAUUAUCG